AUGGAUGGAUGCUUGCAGGUGGUGGAGCUGAAGGUCGGGAUGCACUGCGACAGGUGCAUCAAGUCGAUCAAGAAGGCGAUCAAGACGAUCGAUGACAUGGAGAGCUACCAGCUCGAGAAGGAGACGAACAAGGUGACCGUGACGGGGAACAUCACCGCGGAGGAAGUGGUGAAGGCUCUGCAGAAGAUCGGGAAGACGGUAACUUACUGGGGUGAGUGA